CGUCAACAUGACAUAAUUCAUAUUUGUGAGCUAACCGUUGGUACGGUAGGAUUUGUAAUUUGGCCCCUUGAAACUAAAGGUUUUCUAUGCCGUUGGUCAAGUUAUAUCUACACAACUACGCUUGACCUCAUUAAAACAUCUCACGAUGGGGACCUCAGUUGGAUAUGCGUUCAGAAAACUUUUGGUGUAUGUAUCAUCUGUGGCCAUGAUCUGUUUUGCGAUCGUGCAUACGUUCCUGUUGAAACUCUUAUCAAUCAUAUCACCAGGCCUGACAAAGAAAAUCAUAGUUAAACUUGGAGAGGCGUCGACGAUGACCCAAAAUCCCAAAUUCAAAUACGAAGACUGGGGUCCGACUUUCUUUUCUCUGGCGUUCAUUAAAACAGUGUUCUAUGUAAACUGGUGCUCGCUGGGCCUGGAUGCGUUUGAGGGACACGCAGCCCCAGACACAGCUGUUGUUACCAUUGAUGCAGAGAAAACUAGUAUUUUUAGUUUUCUUAAAGGUAACCGUCCACUUGUUCUGAGUUUUGGAAGCUGCACAUGACCCCCAUUUCUCUACAAACUUGAUGAGUUCAAACAGCUUGUCAAGGACUUCAGUGACGUGGCAGAUUUCCUUGUUGUAUAUAUUGCUGAGGCACAUGCGACUGAUGGUUGGGCCUUUGUAAACAAUGUAGACAUAAGUGUGCAUAACAACUUGGAGGAGAGACUGGCUGCAGCCCAGGUCCUGGUCAAAGAAGACCCCCUCUGCCCUGUUGUAGUGGACGAGAUGACCAACAUCACUGCCAGCAAGUACGGUGCCCUUCCUGAGCGACUCUAUGUCCUUCAGGGUGGGAAAGUUAUCUAUCAAGGUGGCAUUGGACCUUGGGGGUACAGUCCUGCAGCCAUUCGCAAAGUUCUGGAGAAAAUUAAAUAAGCAAAAGAGGAGGUGUGCGAAAAAUGGGGGAAAAAUAAAAAUGGAAAGAAAAAAAAUUCCAAGAUAUAAUUAUGAGAGUUAUGGCCUUGAUUGCAUUUACAGGUUUGUACUGAUUUCUUGAAUGUGUAUAGUGCCCAAACUAAUUCUCUGAAUCUCUGUGUUUGUGUGUGAAAGCUACAGAGGAAACCAGCUGGUCUCUGUAACUUAAUGUUUAAAACAUUGAGGAAUGUGAAAUAAGCAGGGCCUAGGACAUCAUCAUUAGUGAAUGUCUGUUGUCACUGAUAUAUAUAUAUAUAUAUAUAUAUAUCAAUGAUUUUUUUUAUAUACAGCACAUAAUCUGUCUGUAUACCGAAGUGUUUUAUAUAUUUUCUUUGUCUUAAUGCAAAUACAUGAUUUUCAUUCCAGCGUGUAAUUCAUUAAUCAUAUAAUGUCUCUUGUCAGUGAUUGUUUACGACAUCUGUGCUUCUCUGGUUUUGUACAGUUCAACUUGUGACUGUAAAUGACGCUUGUAGGGUAAACCUAUGUAACCUGCAAACUGAUAAAUUCAGUCAUUAUUUCUGAGCAAGACUAUGAAGUACUGAGCUCACAAAAUAUACAGCUUUUCCAACAUCUAUUUAAAUAAAGAGUUACGUAUACAUCAACAGAGUUGGGAGAAUUAAUUUUAAAAUGAAUUCAACUACAGAUUACAGAAUACAAGCUGUAAAAUGUAAUAUGUGAGAUAUUCCGUUAGAUUACCCAAGGUCAGUAACGUAAUCUAAAUACUUGAAAUUACUUCAUCACUGUUAGAUUUUUUUUUCACUUGUUUUGACUACAAAAAAAAUCUGCUGUAAGACAAAAUAUGCACGAUAAAAAUACAUUCUCUGAAAAAAGCCUAAAUAUCCAAAACAAGAUAAAGCAAAAGGAUCUUGUUUAAAGGAUUUUAAGAUAGUUUUACAGAAAGACAAAAAUUCUCAUCAAGAAUAGGAUUUUUGCCCUAAGAUCACUAGUAUUUUAUCUUAGCAUAAAACUAAAUGUUCACAUGACAAUUUACACCAGGUUUAUUUCUGUUUCUGCUGCUCCAAACUUUCUUCAAACUUACUUCUCUGUCUGCUAAUAUGAAUAUAAUGCAUCUUAAGAAAGUGUUUCACCACUGUUCAAAUGCUCUUUGGAUCGCAUCAUUUAUAUCGAUAAAUGUUUUCCAACUAAAUAGGUUAAAUAUUAAAUGGAACAAAUCUGACAAUAAAAUGCAAAGUAAUCAAGAUACUUUUUGAAUGUAACUGUAUUCUGAUUACCAAAGAUUUCAAUUGUAACUGUAGUGGAAUACAGUUAGUAAUAUUUUGUUUUUUAAAUACGUAAUCCCGUUACAUGUAUUUCGUUACUCCCCAACCCUGUACAUCAAUGUGUCAUUGGCCUAUAUAUUUUCUUGCUACAACCAUGUGUAUAUUCUUAACUGCUCUGUUAUCAAAUAAAAUUUUUAAGUUUGACUUCUCCCAAGCCGCACAAUAAUAACAGCAACAGUAAAAUGUUGUAAGAUAUGAUUGAGUAGAUUCCUGUCAGGUAGGAACAUGUUUCAUGUUGAAGUCAGAAAAACCUAUGGGAAGGACAGAAAAAGUAUGGUCAGUGUGUCAUAAAUAUACACUCACCGACCACUUUAUAAGGUACACCUACUUAUUCAUGCAAUUAUCUAAUCAGCCAAACAUGUGACAGCAGUGCAAUGCAUAAAAUAAUUCAGAUACGUGUCAGGAGCUUCAGUUAAUGUUCACAUCAACAAUCAGAAUGGGGGAAAAAGUUUAUCUCAGUGAUUCCAACCAUGGCAUGUUUGAGUAUUUCUGUAAUUGCUGAUCUCCUGGGAUUUUCACUCACAACCAUCUCUAGAGAUUAUUUAGAAUUUACAGUUUCCACUUCUGUCAGCCAAAAACAGAAAGCUGAGGCUGCAGUGGUUAUCUGAGUUACCGUAGCCUUUCUGUUAGCUCGAACCAGUCUGGCCAUUCUCCAUUAUAUAAUUGCAUGAAUACAUAGGUAUACAGGUGUACCUAAUAAAGUGGUCACUGAGUGUAUAUAUGAAAUGUAUAGGAUUCUGGAGUUGUACCUGCAAUUUAACUUGACAUGUAAUUUCAGUAGCUCAAGUUUUAGCAAGAGAUAGGGGCCUAAAUUGGCUACUGUGUCAGAAAUGUUUUUAACAAUUUCAAUAUUUGCCCGUUGUUGAUUUUCGGGGGCAUUUUUUCUAACAAUUUAAAAUCUCUGUCAUCCAUUCAUGUAAAAUACCUUUAAUCCAUUCAUUA